AUGGUAUCUAUCUAUCUAUCUAUCUAUCUAUCUAAUCUGGACGGAGUGAUUCCGUUUGUGUUACUGUCAGUGAGAGAGUGUGUAGCCAUAUUCACUGAUAAAUCGAAAUGGGAUAAGAAAUCCGCUCCUAGGAUAGGUGUUUUCACAUUUGCUUGUGUGAAAAUCCAUGGAAAAGAUCUUCUUAGACCCAAAUCGAGCGUUAGUGAUAUCUCACCGUAUGUUUCUAUCUGUGAUCCAUUUGCUGCCUGCAAUGUGUAUGUGGAGAAUGUAGACUCUGUACGUAAGCUGAGUUUCGCCAUUUGCUUAUACAGCUGCGACAAUUCAGAUGACUUCUCUGGUAAUGUUGCUGUAACUGUUGGUGCAUGUGAUGUGGCGUAUACCUUUUUGUCUUGGUUGUUGUCAUGUAUUUUGUCUGCUAUUUCUGCUAUUUUCUCCAGCUGUAAAUCAUCGGGGAGUGAUGCGAGUAUCUGUGUUGUAUGUGUUUGUAGUUUAUCCAUCCACAGUUUCUUUAACACCACUUCGGACAUGGUGUUGUCUCCUAAUAAGGAUCGCAUUUUUCUUAAAAGCUGUGAAGGUUUCAUACAUCCCUGGUUCACAUUAUUGAAUAAGUCGUGUAACCUUCUUUCUUCCGAUUUACCGACACGUCUAAUAAUUGCAGCUUUCAACGUGUUAUAA